GUUAAAUAUUGCAUUAUUUAAUGCAUAUUUAAGUAUUUCAAGGAGUAAGUCGUGUGUUUGAUGUCGCGUUGCCAUCGCAACUUCACUUCAUCUAGAUAACUAAUCAUGUUGUUGAAUUUUCCGCAUUCUAAGAGAGUAGAACGUGAACAGUUGCAGAUGCACAAUAAAUAAUGUAAAUAAAUCCAAUAAGAAAUCACAUAUAAAACUGAGAGACAGAAAUGUAGACUUCAGUGUACACACAUUUAUUUAGAAAGUUUAUACUUAUUUCCUAUUAUCUCCUACUGUCACCAAAGGAAAGGUAAUAUUAUAAUUUACAGUGCAGCUUCAGGAAUGGCAGAACAUUGCUAGACAGGAAUUUUUAAUAUUUUUAUAACCUGAAAUAAAGAAGACAGAAUAUUUCCACGUGAAGGCAAAGUCACUUAUAUACAUGGAUCACCAGAAUACAGUUAUUACAGAGCAACCGAAUACAGUUACGACAACUAAACAGGAGGGUCGUGACUGGACAAACGGUUUAUUUCAAUGCACAGACAACUGUUCACUAUGUUGGUUAGUGGCAUUUUGUUUUCCAUGUUAUCUAUGUUACAUGUACAAACUGUCAAACGAAUCGUUUUGGUUGCCAGUUUUUGGGGCAGGUCCGAUGUAUCUACGUAUAAAACAUCGUUUCAGACAUAGUAUUAAAGGCACAUUACUGAAUGACUGGUGUGUUUCAACAUUUUGUUCCUGUUGUACAACGUGUCAACUGAAGAAAGAUAUGGACUACAUAAAAUCACUUGGUGAAGAUAUUUAAUGUGAUCGGUUUUUUAUUUUAUCCUAAGUCAAAUAAACUAUUAGACAUUAUAAA